CGGCAGCGUCCCACGCAGGAUCGCCUGGAUUGAGAGCCAGUGACGCGGGAGGCUCAGCGUGGGGCGGGGAGAGGGGAGCAGCUGGGGCUGGGACAGAUCGGUCCUGGGCAGCCGGCGGCUGAGAGCUCCUGCCGCGGUUGGGAGCCAGAGACGGGCGGGAGAGAAGCGGAGAGAAGGAAGGGAAGAGGGAGAGAAGGAACGAGACGGAAAGAGAGAGAAGAGAAAAGAAGGAAGGAAACAGGAGGGAGGAAGGAGAGAGACACCCCCACCGACCGCCCCCCGGUGCCGCGGGCCGGAGCAUGGUGCUGUGACCCAGCCCGGGCCGGUCCCGCUCGCUGCCAUGCAGUUCAACAAGGAGGAAUUCCAGAAGUUGGCCGGGAAGACGCUGGGCCAGGUGCACAGGCUGCUGGAGCGGCACCAGCCAGGCGGGGAGACGAUCGAGCUGACGCAGGAGGGGCGCGCGGUGACGGUGUCGGCGAAGCACCAGCCGGUCGUGGACUGCACCUGCUUUGGCCUCCCGCGCCGGUACGUCAUCGCCAUGCUCUGCGGGUUCGGCUUCUGCAUCAGCUUCGGGAUCCGCUGCAACCUGGGCGUGGCCAUCGUCAGCAUGGUCAACAACAACACCGUGUAUCGCGGGGACAAGGUGGUGGUGGAGAAAGCCCAGUUCACCUGGGACCCCGAAACAGUCGGGAUGAUUCACGGCUCCUUCUUCUGGGGCUACAUCGUCACGCAAAUCCCUGGUGGCUUCAUCGCCCAGAAAUUCGCUGCCAAUAGGGUGUUUGGCUUUGCCAUCGUGGCCACCUCGACCCUGAACAUGCUGAUCCCGUCGGCUGCCCGGGUUCACUACGGCUGCGUCAUCUUCGUCCGCAUCCUGCAGGGGCUGGUGGAGGGGGUGACGUACCCGGCCUGCCAUGGGAUCUGGAGCAAGUGGGCCCCCCCUCUGGAGCGCAGCCGCCUCGCCACCACGGCCUUCUGUGGCUCCUAUGCGGGCGCCGUGGUGGCCAUGCCGCUGGCUGGGGUCCUGGUCCAGUAUUCGGGGUGGAGUUCGGUCUUCUACGUCUAUGGCAGCUUUGGGAUCUUCUGGUACAUGUUCUGGUUGCUGGUUUCCUAUGAGAGCCCGGCUCAGCACCCCACCAUCACGGAGGAGGAGCGCCGGUACAUUGAGGAGAGCAUCGGGGAGAGCGCCAGUCUCAUGAACCCCCUGGUGAAAUUCAAGGCCCCCUGGCGCAAGUUCUUCACCUCCAUGCCCGUCUACGCCAUCAUCGUCGCCAACUUCUGCCGCAGCUGGACCUUCUACCUGCUGCUCAUCAGCCAGCCGGCCUACUUCGAGGAGGUCUUCGGCUUCGAGAUCAGCAAGGUGGGCCUUCUCUCCGCUCUGCCCCACCUGGUCAUGACCAUCAUCGUCCCCAUCGGGGGGCAGAUCGCGGAUUUCCUCCGCAGCCGCCGGAUCAUGUCCACCACUAACGUCCGCAAGAUGAUGAACUGCGGGGGCUUUGGCAUGGAGGCGACGCUGCUGCUGGUGGUGGGUUACUCUCACAGUAAAGGCGUCGCCAUCUCGUUCCUGGUCCUUGCUGUGGGCUUCAGCGGCUUCGCUAUUUCAGGGUUCAACGUGAAUCACCUGGACAUCGCCCCGCGUUACGCCAGCAUCCUCAUGGGCAUCUCCAACGGGGUGGGCACCCUCUCGGGCAUGGUCUGCCCCGUCAUCGUGGGGGCCAUGACCAAGCACAAGACGCGGGAGGAGUGGCAGUACGUGUUCCUCAUCGCCUCGCUGGUGCAUUACGGGGGCGUCGUGUUCUACGGGAUCUUCGCCUCAGGCGAGAAGCAGCCCUGGGCCGAGCCGGAGGAGACCAGCCCCGAGAAGUGCGGCUUCGUCCACGAGGAUGAGCUGGCCGACGAGGAGGACGAGGCGGCUCGGGGGGCAGGCGGGGGGGGCAGCGGCUAUGGGGCCACCAAGAGCACCAGCUUCGCCAACGGGGGCUGGGCGGCCGACUGGGACAGGAAGGAGGAGUUCGUGCAGGAGCCCGGCAAGGACACCUACAUGUACGGGGCGCCGCAGGAGAGGGACCUGUCCUAGGGACCCCCCGGAUCUCCGCCUCCCCCCGGGCACCUCUGCGGUGGUACAGUCCAGGGUAUGGGGCUGAGCUUGGCCACGCCCCAAUUCUGCAGGCCACACCCCAGUCCCCCCACUGUGUUGGUACAGUCCAGAGGGGUGGGGCCACACUUGGCCACACCCCAAUUCUGCAGACCACACCCGAAUCCCCCCUCCCCUCCGUGUUGGUAUGGUCCAGGGGAGCCAGAACUGAGCUUGGCCACACACCCCAUUCCCCCACUGCAUUGGUACAAUCCGAAGGGGGCGGGGCUGAUUUAGGCCACACCCCCACACUAUGGGCCACAGCCCCCUUCAUUGGUGCCAUCCAGGAGGGCGAGAGGUGGAGCUGAGUCAGGCCACACCCCAAAGCCUCUAAGCUGCACCCAACCCCAACCCCCCCUCCCCUCACUGGGUUCCGCUCCAUUGGUACAACCCCCUCCCCAGGCCACUCCCAAAUCUCUUCCCCUCUGAGUCGCCAUUUGGUAUGACCCAUCAAGGUGAGGGGGUGAUGCUGAUGGUACGACCCAUUGGAAGGCUUCGGGGGGAAGUCCUCUGAUCCCACCGACCUGGGUCUGGGAGGAGGGCAGGGCAGAGGUUAGACCUUUGACACUGAGGUCGGAAGGUCUUGACCUUUGACCCUUGGCCUCUGUGCUUGGCCUUGAGCCCCACUUGAUCUUGAGGAUGGUGGGGCUUGACCUUUGACCUUCAGGCUCCCAUGUGCCCCAUAAUUAAUUAACCCCUCCCCCCAGCAGGCCUGGGGGGCAGCACUAGGGAUCCAUUACGGGGGGCAUUGGAGAGGGAUGUGGGGAUGCCCCAGCUGGUGACCCCGGGGUUCAAUCUGACAACGUCUUUACAAAGUGACAUGACAAAUGACGGUUUUGAGCCACCCCUCAUGUGCCUGUUGGCGGUUUUGAGACCCCCACUCCCCGCUCCUUCUCUGAGCUGCCCACCCUGACGGCUCCCAGCCACCCUGCACUUUAGUGCCAGUGGUCUCCAGCCACCCCAGCACAUCUCUGCAGGUGACUUCGAAGCACCACUGCACAUCCGAGAUGACGGUUUCAAGCUGCUCCAUGCAUUCAGGUUGGCAGGUUCGACACCCCACACCCUGCAGGUGGCGGGUUCAAGACACCCCGCAUGCUCCAGCUGGCAGUUUCAAGUUACCCUGCAUAUUUUAUGUGAUGGUUUCAAGUUACCCUGUACUGCUCAAGCCAGCGAUUUCCAGA